AUGGAAGAGGAUGAAAUAAUUUUUGAUUAUAUUUGUUUAGAGAUUGAUAGAAUAAAUAAACCAGUUUCACUGGAUUUAUUACCGAUUGAAGUAUUCUAUUUAAUUAUCGAUAGUAUGGAUAGUAAAGAUAUAUUUACACACUUUCAAUAUGUCUCAAAGACCAUUUUCAAUAAUUGUCAAGAUGAAUUUUUUUGGCGACAGAAAUGUAUAAAGAAAUUUGGACACACUCCGAAAUUCAAAUGUCGUAUGGCCAAUGAUCCAAGAUCUUGGAAGCAAUUCUAUGUUGAAAACAGUCGUGAUAAAUAUUUAGUGGUUGGAGCAGAGCUCUAUGGUGAGCGUCUACUCGAUGUACAAGAGCAGCUUAGAGCAAAUGGAUUGGUCAAUGUCGACACGGCAAAUGUCAACGGCUUCCGAAAGCUCCCUGAGCUCCUAAACUAUGACGCCAUUCUCUUUUUCAGUUACUGUGGAUUUCAUCAGACUCACGUCGGUGACAGACUUGCCGACUUUGUCGAUGCUGGAGGCGGUGUCGUCCUCGGAACCUACUCGCAUUGUGGCGGUGGAAACCGGCUGGAGGGACGCUGGAUGAAGGAUCAGUACGACCCGAUAGCCGGUGGAGUGACAAACAGAACGUACCAACUGAGAAUGGGACGAGUAGUCUACGAAGGACAUCCCAUUAUGGAAGACGUCACCAAUUUCCACGGUGGUCAGCAAUCGUCACACAGCGACGGUCCACUCUCAAAGCAUUCCGUUCUCAUUGCGACAUGGGAGAAUGGAAGACCACUUGUAGCCGAGCUGUGCAACGACAAAAUGAAAGGCAAGAUAGUAUCGCUCAACUUUUACCCACCGUCAUCGGCAUCAGUAACCGACAGCUGGCCAAAGAACUCUGACGGUGGAAAACUUUUGUGUAAUGCCUUAAAAUAUGUCAGGAUAUCGACGCCCUCUGCCAUUCAAUCGAGAAACAAUCUAAUGAUCGAUCAAUUACCAUCAGGUUCAUCAACAUCUUCAUCUGCAAUUUCUCCACAUUUAAAACUUUAA